GGAGCUGCCACAGUUCCCUCUUUCUAUUCUCCCUUCAUACACUUAUGUCACUAAAAAUCACCAUAUUGUGAGCCAUUUGCCAGAAUGCUUCACUUUAGGGUGGUGUGCUGAUGAUCUUUCUUUCCAUAUCUAAUCCUGUUGAUUAAUUGUGCCCUACAGACUGAAUGGCCAAUUCAAAGAAAACUGAGUUAAGGAAUGGGUGGGUCCAUUAUUUCAAGAAUUAGGGCCCAAGUGCAAAAAGAGUUUUUCUUCUGUGCCUGGGGAAAGGUAGCAGCUGUUGCAAAUAUCCUUUAGCUUAGGACCAUAUUCCUAGUGCUUGCUGGUGAAUGGAACUUAUAGAUCCCCUAAUUAGCACUUCAGCCUUUCAAAGGUUAGAAACUCUUUGACAAUACAUGCAUAGUUGAUUGGAUUAGAUCAACUCCUUGACAUGUAUAGUUGAUUGGAUUAGAUUAGUUUCUGAAACUCAGUUUCCUUUUUUGUAAAACAGAUGAGUUGAACUAAUAAUCCUUUGAUGGUUGUUUUGAAAGCCUGAGUUAAAAGAACGCUUGCAGGCGCCCUUACUUCCGCGUUGCUUCACGCUCUCAUUACGCCUGCGCCAUCUCCUAGGAGCGGAGGCGGGGCCGACGAGCGUGUAUUAGAAGCUCUCCAGUCCUUAGCGCGUUUUAGAACACGGGACUCUAAACUUAUUGGACGGCGGUCUUGCUUUACAGCUCCAGGCCGCUUUUUACGGCAUUUUCCGGCUUUCCAUUCACUUCGCUGUGAAGAUGGCGUCGGGCAGCGGGACAAAAAACUUGGACUUUCGCCGAAAGUGGGACAAAGAUGAAUACGAGAAGCUCGCCGAGAAGAGGCUCACGGAAGAGAGAGAAAAGAAGGAUGGAAAACCAGUGCAGCCAGUCAAACGGGAACUUCUGCGGCAUAGGGACUACAAAGUGGACUUGGAAUCUAAGCUUGGGAAGACAAUUGUCAUUACCAAGACCACCCCACAGUCUGAGAUGGGAGGAUAUUACUGCAAUGUCUGUGACUGUGUGGUGAAAGACUCUAUCAACUUCCUGGAUCACAUUAAUGGAAAGAAACAUCAGCGAAACCUAGGUAUGUCUAUGCGUGUGGAACGUUCCACCCUGGAUCAGGUGAAGAAACGUUUUGAAGUCAACAAGAAAAAGAUGGAAGAGAAGCAGAAAGAUUAUGAUUUUGAAGAAAGGAUGAAAGAGCUCAGAGAAGAGGAGGAAAAGGCUAAAGCAUAUAAGAAAGAGAAACAGAAGGAGAAGAAGAGGAGGGCCGAGGAAGACUUGACAUUUGAAGAAGAUGAUGAGAUGGCAGCUGUGAUGGGCUUCUCUGGCUUUGGUUCCACCAAGAAGAGUUACUGAGGCUUUCUAUGCUUGGCCUAACUUUGGCCUAUGCUGGACCUAACUUUGUGUGUGUGUUAGGGGGAUCAUUUCUUUUUGGGUACUGGGGAAAGUCCUUAAGAGUGUCUGUGGGCAGGGCUAAAGGGUGGGUGUUUGUGGCUUCCCUCUACUGUGGGAGAGGACACAGGAUGCAGAGGUAAUGCUGUGGCAAAUUCCUUUAGCUUCCAGUAUAUCACUGGAGUCACAAGACCUCUGCCCAUCUGAGUUCCCAAUAAAGAAAGGCCUCCCCUUCUGAGACUGCUUUCCCAAAACUCCCUCUGCAUCUUUCCCUCUUCAUCUAUCUAACCUCUUGUCUGAGCAUCCUACCUUUAUCCUGUGUUCUGCCUUUGUUUUAUUUUUUGACUUGUUCAGCUUGCACCAGAAGGAUUCUCUGGGUCCCCAUUUUCCAGCAGAUGCCAUAUUUUUGACCAGCCCUGCCUCCCAUCCUGCCCUAUGGUUCUCUAGCCUCCUCCUGUGCAUGCAUGUGUAUUUCUGCCUGGGUCAAUGGUAUGUGUGGAUUGUGUGCAUGAAUCUGUCACAAAGAGGGGAGCCUGAGCUAGAAUCUCAGAGCAUUGCUGCCCUGGGGCCUGAUGUUCUUGGUUUCCUUAGCGCAUGUAACAGGAAAUUAAAUGGGAUGAGUGUUUGGUGUGGUUUCUGUCUGCUGAGUUUUUUAACAUUGUUCUUCAGAUGUGGACUGUUUUACCUUCUCCAGUUUGUUUCAUUUUACUGAAGAUUUCUUUGUUUUUGUCUUCCUUGUGAGCAGGCUCUUGGAAGAACCUGUUUGAUGCAAAAAAAGAAAAUGGAAAAAAAAAAAAAAACACAAACCAACCAAAAACCAAAAAAUACAACCAAGCAAACAAACUCACUGUGGGAGCCCUUGGGUCUCAGAGGUUAUUCAACAUGUAUAAUAAAUGGCAUUGACUGGGCCUGUUUCACA